AUGGGAUUUCUUGGGUUUCGUUGGGUCGUCAACUUCGUCCUGUUGGCACUCCCCAUCGGCAUCACCCUCGGCAUCUUGCUAGGCCUCGAGGGACACAGGACGGCGACGGGACAACCGCCAUUAUUCACCGACCCUGAUCCUACCGUUCCCAAGAAGGACGACAAUGGCAUUACGGCGUUGGUAUCUUGCGAUAUCGCAAUGGGUCUUCACCCCAAGUCCAAGGGCCAGGAGUACACAAUGAACCCGAACCAGUGGGGUUGGAAAGAGGGCACAGAUGGUGCUUUGUGCAUGAACGUUACAUCAUUCAACAACCAGACGUACGCGAGCAACACCACGGCUCCCGAGUUCUGGGUUACCUGGUGGUACCCUCGUGGCCCUGAGACGCAACCCGUCCACGCUUUCCCCAACGUCAAGGUCGACGGUACCAUCCUACCCGUUGCCAUCCCGCAGCUCUCCAAGAUCCAGGUCGAUGUCGAGUGGUCCUACGCGGUAGGUAACUACACCACCGAUGGCGCCGCCGCGACCGAUACGGACGCAGCCGAGCUCACGAGCGCCGAAAUCGACGCCAACACCAACGUCGCUAUCGAUAUGUUCUUGGACGACGAUAAGGAAACGGCCAAGGACGGUACCAAGGCCGCGUACGAAGUGAUGGUCUGGCUUGCGACUUUUGGUACCGCGACACAGCCUAUCGGUUACAAGCAGGGCACCGGCGUCAUCUCGACGGCCACCGUCAACGGAACGACCUUCUCCCUCUACGCCGGCCAGAACAGUCUCAAGCAAUACGUCUUGACUUGGGUCGCCUCCGCCACGACGGAGCACUUUGUCGGCGACCUCACCCCGCUGGUCAAGAAGCUCACCGACUCCACCAUCACGUCGACGGCGAGCGACGUCAAGUUCCCCAGCUCCUCAACCUACCUCGGCUACAUGGGUCUUGGAUCCGAAGCUCUGUCUGCCAAGAAGGUCAUCACCUUCCGCGUGCCCACUCUCUCAAUAGACAUUGAGUGA